AUGCAAUUCUCCGAUUUUCUCAAAAGUGCUGCGAACAGAAGAAGGUAUUGGGCUAGAAAUUACGUCGGAUGGGAGGAGUUUUCGUCCAGACAGCCAAAUGAAGGCCAUUUUGCUCUUGCAACUCUGGAGAAACUGGGCAAGGUUCAUUGGCUUGUAACGCAAAAUGUUGAUGCUUUGCACUCUAGAGCUGGUUCACAGCGUGUUUCGGAGCUUCAUGGUAGUGCACACAGGUAUAUUCUAAAUGUAUUGCUAGAAACAGAGUUACGUAACCAGUAGCCCAGCGCCGCACAAAUGACGUCAGAUCUAAAGUGACUAUGGAUUUGCAAUGUUUGGGUGACUUUUGUCAUUUUUGUUUUAAGGACAAACGUCAGAAAAACGUGAACUUUUAAUGAAAAAACAUAAACAAAAGUGAGGAAUUUGCUAAUUCGCCACUUUAAAAACGAGAAGGAAAGCUGGGGAUGCGCUAUUUAGCUAUCAGGGACCGGUCAUUAUUUAUCGUCUGGGGGAGGGGGGGGGGGCGGAAAAAAGGGUGAAUUUUACCGGUUCCCCCCUUGGAAUUAACUUUAUUAAAUCGAGACUAAUGUGUAACUUUUUUUUUUUGUUAUAAUACCCCGCGACCACCAAUAAUCCUCACUUUUCCACAAGAUCCUCAUAUACCAAAAAAAAAAAAAAAAAAAAAGUGAAGUUUUGCUAUCUUCCUAUAAAAAAAAAAAAGGGUACAAGGGGGGAAGCGAUUUUUAGCGUAAGAGGGGUGAGUUAUUUUUUUUGGGGGGGGGGGGGGGGGGGGGGCCGAAAACAAGCUGAAAUUUAGCCGAUCCCCCCUUUGAAUGUACUUUACUGAAGUGAUCCCCCCUAAUAACAUUUGAUGACUUUCGCGAUCCCCCCACCAUGUCUUCAUUUUCCAACCAAAUUUGAGUGGUCCCCCCUCUGAAUCCUUCCAAAGUUUUCAGUGAUCUCCCCUUUUGGGUUCUCAGUUUCGACUGAUCCCCCCUUUUGUCCCCCCCUCCCCCCAGGGGAUAAAUAAUGACUGGUCCCUUGGCCCAUUUGUUUGCCCUGUUCCCAGUAACAGUCCCAAAAGUCUUUGCAAAAGGUAACUUUGCCCAGUUUCCUUCUCGCAUUUAAAGUGGCGGAUGUUGAUUUUGAUACCAUAAAAGUCCGAAAAUAAGCCCCAGGGCUUAUAAUUUUUCUAAGGCUCAUUUUGAGGGGCUUAUAUUCGGAGGGGUUUGUCUAUGGUGGGAAAUUUGCAUUUCAAAAUUGAUCGGGCUAGCCUUACAGUUGGAAGGAAAUUUACCAUUUUUGCUUUGUAUUACUUUACAUUUGAGGCAAUUUCCAAGUACAAACCCCGAGGGGGCUUAUAUUUGGAGGGGCGAUUUAAUUUUUUUUUUUUUGCGUUACAAGUUUGGGGGGCUUAUAUUUGGAGGGGCUUAUACAUGGAGGGGCUUAUUCUCGGAAUUAUAUGGGCCCUGGCUUGAGACUUGGGGGAAUAAACCAAAAGAAAUCAUCUUGAGGCUCAGUAAGGGUAACAGUGUAUUUUUCAUCUUUGCAUAAAAUGCAAAAUAGAAGGCUAACCUUGUAUUUCAACUAGGGACAAUAAUUUUGGCUGUAUUAUUUUAGUUUGUUUAUUACAUUUUAUUCUUUUAAGGGUUAUCUGUCUGGGAUGCAAUCAGCUAAGUUCACGUCAUGACCUGCAAGUGAGGAUAAAAGAACUUAAUCCAACAUGGGAGGCCACUGCAAGUGGCCAUGCCCCUGAUGGUGAUACUUUCCUUACAGAUGAAGAAGUGCAAGACUUCAAUGUCCCUCCUUGUGCUAACUGUGGUGGAAUCCUGAAGCCUCAAGUCGUUUUCUUUGGAGAUUCAGUGCCAAAGGAAUUAGUUAACUUUAUUCAUGAGCGGUUACUGGAAUCUGAUUCAUUACUGAUCGUGGGGUCAUCAGUUGAAGUUUAUUCCUCUUAUCGUUAUGCUCAUGCUGCUUGGCAACAGAACAAGCACAUAGCAAUUCUGAACAUUGGUGUAACAAGAGCUGAUAAAUUAGCAUCAAUUAAACUGUCAGCCAUCGCUGGAGAUGUUUUACCGAGGCUUGUAAGUUUGUCAGUUGGUUCUAAAAAGAGUGUGCCGAAGGAAACAUAACAAAGAAAAAUGAGCCUCUCUCUUUGCUGAAUGGAAGUGAUCAAGCCUGGUUUUCUUCCGGUUAAACCGGCAAAACAUGGACACUUGAAAUUUUCAGGAAAAUUUUAUUGUGUUAGACCAAUCACAGCAAAGAUCAGGACACGCAAACUAGCCACAAAUCUACAAACUAACAUUCUUGCUUGUUGUUU